AUGGCAAUGUCUUCGAGCGCAAACAUCGUGGUCGAUCCCGAUGGAGAUUUGGUCCUUUUGCUGAAUCCCAACACCCCAGAUCCUCCAAGUUUCGACGCGAUGAUGUCUGCACUUAACUCAACUUGCAACACCCCAGAUACAGAGACGUCCAGCGAUGCCGAUGUGAAAAAAAGAGCUUCCCUUGACUUUGAAUCUUCUACCAGCGAUUCAACCCUAUUCUAUCAUGAUCGCAUCCUAGUAUCUUCGAAGCAUAUGUCUUUAGCCUCUCCAGUAUUCAAGGCAAUUAUAAAGGGCGAAUCCCACGAAGAUCUUGUGCUGAGGACCACGGGAAAACUGGAACUUCCACUUCCAGACGACGACCCCCCUGCGAUGAGAAUAUUGAUAGAUGUUAUUCAUGGUCGCAUGAAUUCGGUUCCGUUGAAGAUUGACUUGAAUUUGUUCACUCAGAUAGCAAUUCUAGUGGAUAGAUAUCAGUGUCGGGAAGCUGUAAGGCUGCUACCUGCUAUAUGGAAGGAUGAAUUGCCAUCUAAGUUUUCGGAAUAUGCAUGGGACGAUAUCGGCCGCUGGAUAUGCAUAGCUUGGCAAUUCGAGCUACACGACGAAUUCCGAAGAGCUACACAAAUUGUGCGAGAAAGUUGCACUUUUAGUUUUGAGGUGUUGAUGGCAACGAUCGGAUACGACCUACCGAUUCCAAAAUUCGUGGCUGGUAAGUUUUCUGCAAUAUUGAACAUUGAAACAAGCAUGUCGUUAACUUUGAAAGAUAAAUUGGAAUCAUCUCGAAUUGAAGGAAUUCACAAAGCUGUGACGAUACUUAAGCAUACUUUAUUGGAAUACCAAAGCUCGAUCAUCAAUUGCAAUUCGUCUGCUGUCCCCGACGCUGUCGAUCCACUUGGACGUCAAACUGACCGUGAUCUAUCUUCUUAUAGAGUAGAUUGCGAUUCAAUGGUGCUUGGAUCUCUCAUCAAGAGUGCUGCGCGUAAUGGAUUGUAUCCUUUUCCAGAAUGGCCAUACAUUACAUGGUCACUAGGAUCAAUUACUGCCAAAUUCGAUCUCCUGAAGGCCGAUUCGCUGUGCUUUAAAUUGGAAAAAGGCCAAGCUGCUAAACACGAUACUAUCAAAAGAAUUAGGAACUCUGUUCAGGCUAUCGACAAAUCGGGGUUGAGUGCAGCAGCAUGCAACGAUUUUGCCCUCAUUAGCUGA